AAUUCUAGAAAGGGGACAGAAAUAGGUGAAGCUCUUCUUUAGUGUUAUACUGAGAAAUGCACAGAAACUAGAUUGACUCUCUCUCUCUCUUAUCGAUUUUGAUUUUCUCUCUUGAAAAGUCCCCGAAAUUUAGGGUUUUUGUUUCUGUUCUUCUCGGUUAAACGGUCAAAUUCUGUAGAUGGAAGUCAAUUAGAACCUGAGGUGCGUGGUGUUCAUCCAACUGCAGUUUAUUCUGAACUAAAGUGACCUAAUAUCGGUUAUGGUUCCAUCUCCACGGGAGUGAGAGGAGUAAACUCAUUAAAUUCAUCUUCAAUGGAAUGCCCGAAUGGUUCAGAGUCAAAUGAUGUUCAUUCACUAUCCAACGGUGGGCUAAAUGAAGAGGAUGGUGUUAAUAAAGAAAGACAAACUACUGCAUCCUCUCGGGCUGUUGGAAAUGGCAGACAAGAACAUCACAAUUCGCAUCUUGUUGCAUCUACUGUACCCGCUAUGCGUGACGAAGGCCUCACGCAGCCUCCCCUUCUCGAGCUUGUUGGUCAUUCAAUUGCAUGUGCAUCAAAUCCAUAUAUGGAUCCACAUUAUGGAGGAAUGAUGGCAGCUUAUGGACAUCAGCCUUUGUGUUAUCCCCCAUUUGUUGGAAUGCCUCAUGCAAGAAUGACUUUGCCGAUUGAAACGGCACAAGAGCCUGUUUAUGUAAAUGCUAAACAAUACCAGGGAAUUCUGAGGCGAAGGCAGGCCCGUGCCAAAGCAGAACUUGAGAAGAAGGUUCUAAAAUCCCGAAAGCCCUAUCUUCACGAAUCUAGGCACCAACAUGCUUUGCGUAGGGCGAGAGGUAGUGGAGGACGUUUUGCGAAGAAAACAGAUGCCGAUACUGAUACGGGAGAAGCAAAAGGGUCAGGUUCAGGUCCUGCCUUAUCUCAGUCUCCAAGUUCCUCCAGUUCCGAACCAUUGCAAACCGAUUCUGCCGAAACCUGGAGUUCCGCCCUCACCCUGCAAGAGGCAAGAGUGUCCCAUGUGCACGACACGCACCAUGUGAACGGCAGCAGUCAUUAUCAGAACCUAGGCAGUAGCAUCUCCUCUAAUCAGGCCGCUUGCUAUCCGGUAAAUGGAGGACACCCUUUCAAAAGCUGAAGGGUCAGUCAAACUCCAAGACUUGUCCUCGAGCACGAUCAUGGCAAUUUCAGUGUUGAGGCGGCAAAUCAUUCUUGGCUUCUGUUAGACGGAAGGGGAGAAGAGA